GGGCGUGGCGGCGCGCGCGCGCGGCCGUCGCCGCUGGGGAGGGAGCCGCGGCGGCGGCCGGUGCGAGGCGGCGGCGGCGCGGCGGGUCCCGGCGGACCAUGCGGCGGCGGCCGUAGCGAUGCAGCGGGCCGAGCUGCGGGAGGGCGAGGCGGCGGCGGCCGCGGCGGCCUCGUACCGGGUGCUGAGCCGCCUGCUGGGCUAUGGGGCCGCGCCGGAGGCGGGCGCGGCGGGGGGCGGCGCGGCCGUUACCGGCUCCGGCGGCCCGGGCGGCGCGCGGCUGGCGGCGGCGGCGCUGCCGGGCGGGGGGCUGCGCGGGUCGCGGCCGCCGCCGCAGCUGAUGGUGUUCCGCAACGUGGGGCGGCCCGGCGAGGAGGGCGGCCCGGCGGCGGGCGGCGGCGAGGGCCCGGCGGGCGGCGGCGAGCUGCUGUGCCCGCGGCACCGCUGCGCCCUGGAGCCCAAGGCGGCGGCGGCGGCGGCGGCGGCGGGGGGGGGCGCGGAGCCGCGCUGGGCGGCCGUGCCGCCGGGCGGGCUGGAGCUGCAGCUGGCCGCGCUGGAGCUGCAGCAGCCCGGGCUGGGCGGCAAGGGCGCCGGCGGCUGCCCCUGCCUCGGCCUGCUGCCGCCGCCCGCCGGCCCCGCCGCCGAGGAGACCAGCGACGCGCUGCUGGUGCUCGAGGCGCUGGAGCCCGACGAGCCCGAGAGCUGCUCCGAGGGGGAGCCGGGCAGCCCCGGCCGCGCCGACCCGCCGGAGCCGCCGCGCGGGGCCGCCCGCGCCGCCGCCGCCCGCGCCGCGCCGCCGCCCGCCGGGGCCGCCGGCGCCAGGAAGGGCUCGCUGAGGCUCCGCCUGAGCCGCCUCUUCCGCACCAAGAGCUGCAGCGGGGCCUCGGCCGCCGGGGACGCCGCCGCCGAGAGACGCCGCUCCGGGGAGCUGCCCGCCUCGGCCGGGAGCCUCACCGACGUGUGCGGCCCGCGCGGCCGGGAGCCGGAGGCGGGCAGGAAACACAGACUGACGAGAACUCAAAGUGCCUUUUCCCCGGUCGUUUUCAGCCCCCUCUUCACAGGUGAAACAGUGUCACUAGUGGAUGUGGACAUCUCUCAGCGAGGACUGACCUCCCCUCACCCUCCGACUCCUCCGCCUCCGCCACGAAGAAGCCUCAGCCUGCUAGAUGAUAUCAGUGGGACGCUGCCUACAUCUGUCCUAGUGGGUCCGAUGGGGUCCUCCCUGCAGUCUUUCCCUCUGCCUCCGCCUCCUCCACCCCAUGCCCCAGACGCGUUCCCGCGGAUCGUCCCUCUCAGGCCGGCAGAGGCGGUGCCCAGCCAGCCCGCCCCGCACCUGCAGUGCCCGCUCUACCGCCCAGACUCGAGCAGCUUCGCGGCCAGCUUGCGAGAACUGGAAAAGUGUGGCUGGUACUGGGGGCCGAUGAACUGGGAGGAUGCAGAGAUGAAGCUGAAGGGGAAGCCAGACGGGUCCUUUCUGGUCCGAGACAGUUCUGACCCCCGUUACAUCCUGAGCCUGAGCUUUCGAUCACAGGGCAUCACCCAUCACACCCGAAUGGAGCACUACAGAGGGACCUUCAGUCUGUGGUGCCACCCCAAAUUUGAAGACCGCUGCCAGUCUGUGGUGGAGUUCAUAAAGAGAGCAAUUAUGCACUCAAAAAAUGGGAAGUUUCUUUACUUCCUCCGAUCCAGGGUUCCAGGUCUCCCUCCAACACCUGUCCAGCUCCUGUAUCCAGUCUCCAGGUUCAGCAAUGUCAAGUCCCUUCAGCACCUUUGCCGCUUCCGGAUCAGGCAGCUGGUUCGCAUAGACCACAUCCCAGAGCUCCCACUGCCCAAGCCUCUGAUCUCCUACAUUCGGAAGUUCUAUUAUUACGACCCCCAAGAAGAGGUGUAUCUGUCACUGAAGGAAGCUCAGCUGAUCUCCAAACAGAAGCAGGAGACCGAAUCCUCGACGUAGCAAGGCUGCCUCUCCCGUCUUGUUGCUGUCACUGAUGGAAUUGGAUUGUUGCCAUCCUGUAGCCCAAGUCAGGCUGUGGUGGGAACAAAGCACACGAAAGUGAAGCCUGCCUCUGCAGUGUGACUUCUGCUCUCAAGCUCUUUAUAUACAGAAGAGGGUUCAAGACUCCUAAGAAGCACAGCAGAACAGGAACAAGAGCCUCGGCUCCUGGCUGAGGGAGAGGAAGUCUCAGGAGACAGCUGAGCCCAGCUCAUGGACUCCUUGCAGAACAAAGAAUGUCAUGGCACUAUUUACGAUUUUUUGAAAGUUUUAUUUUUGAUGUCUUCAUUUUUUUUUGUUUAUUUUCAGCAUGGGAAAUAUUGUCUUACGAUCAGCUGAAUUUUACUGUCCUCCCUUGGAAACUUCAAGGUAGGGGGAAGAGAGAGAAGGGGGACUCUCUGGGAAGAUCUGCUCUAGGCAUUAUGGUAAGACUGUUCUUUGGCUCUCACCAAAAGGAGAUGCAGCCAGAGAGCUGCUUUGGAGGCAGACUGAGCCGGAUUCAUGUGCAGCUAUGUAGAAUAACCUCUGGGGAUAUGGAGCUCUGAACAGCGUGCAGCUGUGCAGCUGCCCUGCUUUCUAUGAUUUUGGAGACAAGGGCCAAACUGAGUCUUGGGCUGAGUUUUGCAACUGGAUUUGCAGGGCGGUCCUGCAUGCCUAUGUGAGUUAAGUCCAAGGAAGGAAGAGCGUAUGAGCCAUUUGGAUGUCCUGGAGCCUUCUGCCAAAUGGAGUGGUUGCUGCUGCACUGGGGAGCACAGGGCGCUCUUCUGAAGAAGCAUCGUUCCACUUAGCAAACACUGGAAGAUUUUGCUGAAGAGCUGCAAGCUGCAGUUGCUCAGAAUUUCUGUAAUAAGUGGAAGGUAGCAACAGCUUUGCUGCAGUCCAUGGACCAAAGGUACUUGCUAAAGUAAUCUCAGUCUUGCAGAGCCUUGGGACAUGCUCUCUUAACCUUUCUGCUGGCGCUCUCCUGAAGCUGUGAAUGAAGCGGGUGGUUGAGGUGUGAAGGAUCUUGAUCAGUAGUUGCUGGGCAUUAGGAGGCAUCUUUGGCAUGGCUCGGAGCAAGAAGCAGAUAACUGAGGAUACUUCUGGGAUGACCUCUGAUCUCUCUGCAAGCUUGCUUGCAGCCGCCUCCUCUCCCUGGGAUGCCCAUGGAAACACAGCAAUUCAGAAACAGUAAAAAGAGAAUCGAUAGCUCUUAUUGCAUUUCCGGGCUUGGCGCUGGCUGUAAUACUUAUAGCCCUUAGCAUCCUGAUCUGCUGUUCCAUCCGUCGCAGCAGCUGCAAAGAGUUUGCAUUUCGUGGUGGAGUUAAAUGUUUGCCCUAAGUGAUGCUGCGAAGUCUCGUUGAGAAGGAUGUUACCUCCCACGCUACGUAAAUGAACACGUGUUCCGGUGCUCCCAACCUGGGCGAAGCAAAUGCUCUGUCGUGCAGCGGUGUGGUCUGAAAAUGUGAUGCUGUGUGUGGCCUGGGUCUUCUGAUCAGCCUGUUGCGCUGCUGAGGUCGGUGCCCUGCGAGCUGGAUGCAGUCGUUCAGGAGCUGUUAAGACUUUGUUCUUGCCCUGUAGAAUCAUCUAUGUCCUUGAAUUAGGCACAGUCAUGUGGAUCUUAAAGCAACCUUGAAAAAUCCUGAUUGUCUGCCUCUGCCAAGUGUUGCUGCAAAGGGUGCUAACAAAUCCUGGCCUCCCUUUCUUAACCAUCACCUCUGGCCUCUGUUUCAGUCUUGGAAACAAGUGUGUUUUUGUUUUUGCUUUUUUAAUGAAAAGGAUUUUGACUUCCAGAUGAAACCAAUAACUAAGCUUCAAAAUCUGUAGAAAUACCUCAUCGGACACUACUUGCUACUGACUGUGCUGCAUGUCAGGGGCAGUGGAUAUCAGGAAGGGGUAGCUGCCCCCAGGACAUGCUGCGUGGCAUAUCUUGACCCUUGGUGAAAUCUGAGCUAACGUGCCCUAUCCAUGGAGGGGUCAGGCAUCCAUCCCCCUAUAGCCACUGCUGCGUUCCCUUCCCUCUGCUGAAGAUCUGCAGCUCAUACCAAGUUACCGGUGUAGCCUGCAAAAAAUGCAAUUGCUCAGACUAAGAAACGCACAGCAAAUUGGGCGAAUGUUGGAAAAAAGCAUCCAUGUAGUCGUACACAUGAGACUCUUCAUUCAGCAAUAUCAAGGCACGUGGCCCUGUUGCAUCUCGACUGUUCUGUGCACUGAGGAUUUGAAUCUUCCAAUUUUUUCAUACACUGGAAAGGAAAAUCUUCCUGCGAGCCAAGCGUGGUCUGACACCUCAAGUGUCUGAGUCUGUGCCAGCGAAGCAACAGUGUGCCCAGUGCAAAUGUCUCCUAAAGCUCCCCUCCAAAAAAGCACCUCUGGAGAUACAGAUACGAGGGCGAUGUGGGCCGGUGCCCGUGGAAGAGCGAUGGUGUUCUGCUGGCUGCGUCUGCUGGAAUUGCGAGGGAGCUGGGAGCCUUCUGGGCAUGGGUAAAAACACACAAAACUGCUCCACGGUGGUGGCUGGUUUGGGGAGAAAUGCGCUGUGCCGCUCUCGCGCUCUGCCAUUCGCGGUAGCUUUUUAAUGCUCCACUUCCCUAAGUGCACGUAAAGCUUGAUGCGACUACUGCCGUGUUCCUGCUGAGCAGCUGCGUCGCGAGGGCAGAUGGAGCUGCGCAGCAUUAGGAGCUGUUGACGAAGCAGCCAGGCUUUUGGGGUAAUAACAGAAUAAUCUGUGUUUGGUCUGCUGUUACUGUCCUUGAGAGGCGUUCUCCAAACAGGCUGGAGCUGCUUCUGCCAUGUGAAGCUCGUGCACAGUGGGGGCAGUGUUUCUCCCAAAUUGAGGCCAGCUAACGAGGGCUCUGGGUGCUGCACAUGGUUUGUGCCUUGUGUUGGUCACCUCUAGCUCUAUUUUGAGCCUGGCAGUAAGGUGUCUUAAGGUCGGAUGCUCUGCUGUGUGCAUCUGAGCAGAAAGAUCUCUGCUGGUGGCAAAAACUGAAAGAUCACAGCCCAUCAUCCUCUUUUUAGGGAGGAGCCAAGAUUUUUACCUGUCUUCAAGUUGCUCUGGACAGGUAUCAUGAUCUCUGCAAGGCUUUUGGUCAGUUGUUCGUAGUAACUGAAAUGAUGGGAAACCCAUCCUCAGGUGUUUAAUGAGGGGCUGUGGGACACAGCUGCUUCAUGCUCUCGGUGUGUCAGCUGUGGCUGUACCAGACCCUCCUCUUGAUCUGCAUCGGGCAGGAGUAGUGGGGUCAGCUCUGAUGAGGGCAGCAGAUGCGCUUCAGCCUUCCUAGGGCUCUUCUCCACCUGGUUACCCAGUUCUGAAGGGUGCUGUCAUCCUGCUGCCUCUAAAGGUUUUUUUAUAGCCUCCUUUGUCCAACCUUGAAUUCUGUAGAGGUUAUUGCCUUCCUCCUCCCUUACUUAAUCAGGGACAGGAGACAGAUGUACCAUGAAACAGACUAUAAAAAUGUAGAAAGUACAUUUGGAAAAGCUCCUUUUUCAGGUGAUCAGGUGCUCGUGGUUGAGGGUUACAGAGUUUCCAGCUGUAUGGUGUACCUUUUUAUCAAGUUGACAGGAUCCCAUAGCACGAUUUGCUUAAGCCAGCUAUUUUGUACGUGCCUCCAUCUCUCUUCGCUGCAGCAGUGUUUCAAGGUGGGGAUAUGGCUUGUUCCUGCUGUGCAAAAUUCAUGCAAACUGAGGCAGCUGUUUCAUGAGUAUUGGGUGUGACUUCAUCUUGAAGAUGACCCAAUGUGAAAGUGAAUUUUUACAGGAAGAGGGAAGAAAUAGCUGUUCCCAGUGAUGUGGAAACAUCUGCGUGUUUACAAGUAAGGCGUGGGUUUGGAAAGCAGCCAGCCGCCAAGCCAGGGUUUGAAUGCAUCGCUUGCUGCCGUUACCGAGUGAAACACGACUGCUGCCAGGUAAGAGCAGUGGAAGCUGAGCAGCACCUGUCCUGCUGUAGAUGCACUUCUGAGCCCACUGCAACUCGUUCGUGUUGCAAUAACUGCAGCAGGCAUCGCCUGCACGGUGCUGGUGGCACCCCUGUCCCCGAGCGGGUGUCACCCCGCGUGGUGCGGGGCCGGUGCGGACGCAGCUCUCGAGCGGUGCAGCAUCGGUGGGAAGGUGCUAGCGGGGCUGGGGCUGGCUCCCGGCCUCGAGGCGAGAGGCUUCGCAGAGGCCUUUGCGCAUCGCCCGUGUUGGGACUUCUGCUCCUCGUUGACUUCACCCUCUGGUAAGCUGCUUCUCACGUCCUGGAUAGCAUCAGUCGUGGCCUUCUCGUGUCGGCUUACCAGUUUCAUUGACGCGUUCUGCCUUGUGCCAGUACAGUUUUCUCACGUGGAAGUUUCUGGUUUGCUUUUGGGGCUAAAGCACGGGAACGAAGCCAUCCUGAGCUUGGUUUGGCUUAACUGCUCUAAGACCUGCGGCUGGUAGGGUAGGAACGGCCUAAAGUGCUCACGUCAGAGGUGGAGAAGCAAAGCGUGGUGUCGAAAGCAGUUAUGUCCUGCCAGACGCGUGGCACCAUCUUACAUAUCUGACCAAUUCCAAGACCCUAAAAGUGUCUUAACAGGGGCCUGUGUCCUUUUGUGCCUGCGCCCCGUGAGCACGCACGUGCAGGGAGACGGCUGGAAGCAGAGGUGCGGGGGCUGCGUCCCCGGCCGGGGAGGCUCUGGUGCAGGCGUUUGGGGCUGAAGUCUUGUCUGGGAGCUGUUGGGGGAGAAUCGCGAAGAGCCGGGUUUGCAAAAGGGAUUUUCCAGCUUUCAGUAGGAAGGGAACUGGCUGUUGCCCUUUGUUCUUCAUGGUUAAGAUCUGACAUUUCAAUGAUUUUACCCUCCAAACUGAACCUAAGGUCUGAGCCUGCAGGUUGGAGGACUCGUUGGGGACCCAGAUGUGUCUGAGUCACCUUGGCUUUCAGGGGUGAAGGGUUUUUAUUAAUGUGCUCUGAAUAAAACCUAUAGCCCUCCCCUUCUUGGCCACACUUUCCUGGUAACUCCCUUGUAAUCCAGAGUCUUCCAUGCGAAACAGAGCGGGCAGGACCCGAGUUCCUGACCUGGCGUGUCCCCAGGGAUGGGGGACGUGUUCCCCCCCCCGUCAGGGGGACGUGUCCCCCUUCUUCUUUCAAAAACCACUUGAAGACUGGCGAGCAUUAUGUAACACUGGAUUUGAACUCCCAUGUGAAAAAUGGGAGCAGAAGAAAUGGGCAAAUAUCACUGAUCUCGACAAAUUUGAGGGCAGUAGCAAGCGGGGUGGUUCAGCCCCACGCGGGCUGAAAGCGCCUGCUCCCGCGGCCCUCGAGCGCGGGGAGGAGGGAGGGUUUAGCCAGGCCCCCGGCACUGUCCAACCACCGUUUGGCAGAAAUGCAGCUUUGCUUAAUUUUCUCAUAUUUUUUUUUUCUGUGUGCUUAAUUUAUUAAAAUAGUUGCUGUAUAAUUUAUUUUCAUAAACUAUAUUAAAAAAGUUACUAAAUGGUAAAA